AUGGAGGCUGCGCGGAUCGGCGUGCGCCGUCUCCCCUCCCCAGUCGUCGGCCCCCCCGCGCUCCGCGAGGAUCCCCGCGGGCGCGCGCGGAGCCUCGGCGUGGUUGCGGGUGGCGGCGGGGUUGGCGGAAACGGCGCGAGCACUCUCUCGCCCCGUCCACGUGGCAGCAGCUUAUUAGCUCCGCCGCUUGACGUCAGCACGCUCAAGCCCGGCGGGUUUCAAACGAAUGGGUUGUCGUCGCCGCGUCAGAUUGACGGCAGCGGGUAUGUAACGCCACCUCAGCAUGACGUCAUCGACUGGGACAGCGCGAGUGGCGGAAGCGGCGGGAUGCCCUUCGGAGAAGAGAAUCUGGUCGCAGCAGCGGCGGCGGCGGCGGCGACGGUUGCGGCGGCCAAUGCUGGGGACGACAUUCCUUCUAACGCGUAUUACGGUACUAAUGGCGCCGCUUCUGCUUCUGCUGCUGCGCCCAUCGGAUACGUACCCGCCCCCACGACCCUGCCGGCGCGAAGGCCUAGUAUCGGGGCGCGCCAUAACGGAUCAGUCGGCGCGUUGAAGCACGUCCAGCAACAUCAACCCCACGCCUCGCACGAGCAGCAACAGCAACGGCAGCUGCGUCAGCCUCACGAGGCGCACGAGCAGCAGCAGCGAAUGCAUCGCUCCAUUUCGCUCGGCGCUGCCGCGCUGGCAGCCGCUGAUUGGCUGCGUUCCCCCGCGGGGGGACCUCGGCGCGGGAGCGGCUCCCCUUCCGCCGUGCAUCCGCUCCCGCCGCCCCGCACCGCCACCAUCGGCGUCACUGGCGCAGGCGCGGCAGCGGGAGACCAGCGCGCGGAAGCUCUGGGCGGAGGGGCGCGCGGACAUGCGGCGGAGGAGGGGUAUGACGAGGCGUUGGCGGAGGGGACGGGGGAUGUUCUGCGGAGCCGCGUCCGCCGCGCUAAUAACGCGGACGACAACAAUGAUAACGACGAUGGCCCCGUUAUAAUGACGUGCAGGCUGUUUCCGAGGAGGAGCACGUCGCGUACGUCUCUUAACGGAGGUGGCAGUAGCGCGGACAGCGUGAGCGGAGGGAGCGUGCGUGAAGGGAAAGACGACAAGUACAGCAGGAAACCGAAACGAAGCAUCUCUUGGGGGGGAUGGAUGAAAACAGGGGGGAGCGGAGGGGGAAAGGAAGCAGAGAAAAGGGGAGGAGGAGCAGCGAAGGCUGGAGUGGUUGGAACGUUUGGUGGAACAAGCAGCAAUGGGGGUGAAAGGAUUGAUAAUAAGCCUGACUCUCAGCAGAAAUCGGCCCUCAACGGGCGCAGUGAAGAGGUUCUUAACGCGUACAAGGCCCUGACUCAGCAAUCCGCCACGUGGAACCAGCUCAACGCCGGCAAUGACGUCACACCUGGUCCUGCUGGCGUCACAGUACCGCCCACCCCUGCUCCCGGAGCUGCUGCUGCCGAGGCUGCUGCUCUCGCCGAGGCAAGCGCCCGAGCCUGCCGGCUAGCCUUGGCAGCGGAGUCCGAAGCAGCAGUGAGCUUCUCUCAAGCUAUAAGCUUCGCAGGCUCGGACGGAGAUAGAGGCAAGCAAGGGAAGCGGCAGCAACAGGAGGCACCGAAGGAGGAGGAGGAGGGGGAAGGAGCUAUUGAGGUGGUGGGCGGGGAACAGCGGCAGCAGGAGCAACGGGAGCGAGUGCUUGGUGAAAGCCAGCAGGAAGACGGACAGAGAGCAGCAGAAGCAGCAAAGGGAGCAGCAGAAGCAGCAAAGCGAGCAGCAACACGUUUUUCAGCAGCAGCAGCGGUGGCAGCAGCAAAGGGAGCGCGGUUGGAAGCGGUGGAGAGCGCUGUGAUGGCAGCGAGAGCGGCAGUGGAGCAGGGGGCACUUGAGGGGGCAAAUGUGGCGACUCUGGUGGGGCAUUACAAUUCACUGCUGCGCCUGCAAGAGCAGAUGGAAUGGCAAGAGCAGAUGGAACGACAGGAGAAGGACGAACGCCAAGAGAAGGGAGAGGUGAAGGAGAAUGGAGGGGUGGAGGACAGGAGGGAGGAGGAGGGAGUUGAAGCCCCACAGCUGCAGCAGCAGAUGGAGCGACCGCAGCAUCAAGAGAAGAGUGACAGUAAGGCGGCGGGCCAACAGCAGCAGAGGCAGGGGCAGCAGCUGCAGGGGCAGCACAGUCAGGGGCGCGUGCGCAGUGGCGAAGAGAGAGGGCACAGUCACGCCCUGCCUCGCCGAUCCCGCUCGCUCACUGUCGCCAACUCAGCAUCUGCAUCGUUCAAGGGACGGCCAGGAUCGUCCGCACACGCAGCCGAGCAGAACCCGCUUCGCUCACUCCUCCACGCGAAACCACCGUCGCCGACAGCAGCCGCACCAGGCCACACCAUCCAGCACCGCAUUCAACCGGGCUCAACCGCUGCACGGUCAAUGGCAGCAGGCGCGGCAGCAGCAGCAGCAGCAGCGGCAGCACAGCCAGCAGCGUCGGCGUCGGAAUUAUCAGCGUCUGCAGUGUCUGCCUCUCUGGGUUCCCUUGCGUCCCUCGCUCCCCCCUCGCCCCGCUCCCGACACUCCACAAGCAAAGGAGGCAGCAGUAUACUCAGGGAAGACACUUUAUCCCACACUCUGGGCAGCAGCACAGCAGCACUCACAGCGCCGUCAGCUGCAGCAGCAGAAGCCGCCGCAGCAGCAGCAGCAGGUGGAGGUGAGUAUGGGGCGGUGAGGGAUAGCGUCACGGACGGUGAGUGGUGCAUGAGUGAGUCGUCUCUCAACGCCAGUGCCACUGCCAGUGUAAGCCUUGCUGCCAGCCUGGCUUCCACCUUGGACUCGAGGCCAGGGGAGGAGGGGGGGAGUGAGUGCGCCUCUCACAGCUGCUCUGUGGGCUGCGGUGGUGAGGCACAGGGGCGUGAGGAGAGUGGGGAGGAUGAGAGAGUGAGGAAGGAGGAGGAGGAGGAGGAGGAGGAGGAGGAGGAGGAGGAGGAGGAGGAGGAGGAGAGGAGGGAAGAGGAGCAAGAGGGGAUGGAAGACGAAGAAGAGGAGGAAGAAGGUGAGGAGGAGCAGCAUGACUAUACGAUGACGUUGGACCAACACCACACAGAAGCCAUUUCUCAUACCGAUGUGGAAGGGUUGAUUGGAGCAACCCUGAGCCCUCUCACGUAUGGCAUGGCGGACUUACCCAUUCAGCAGCAGCAGCUGCAAGAGCAGGGAAUGUUGCCUUUACCACCAGGAGCAGUGGACUACUCUACUCAUUCCACCAACCCGUUUCUUGAGGUGAUUAGAGAGGAGGUGGUUAAAGAGGGGGUGGAGAAAUCAGAUGGGUACGAGGGGGUUCACGGGGGAAAUGGUCGAAGCCCUUACUCCAGCGAUGGUACGACCAGCAGGAGCAGCAACAUCAACAACAGCAGCAGCAGCAGCAGCAGCAGUAGCAGCAUCAGCAGUGGUGGGAGUAUUAGCGGCAGCAGUGGGAACAACGAGGAGUACGGGAAGAUUAACAGCAACGGCAAUUUGGAAAAGGGUGUUCCUGUUUUCCAUACAAAGGGCUUUGGUGCAUCAAGGGGCAACGCUGCAGACGGGCUCGGUGAUAUAGGGGCUGCUAAUAGAGUGGAUACAGGAGCACGACAGUCACAUGACGUUGAGAAGAGUUUGGCUGGCUCAACGAGACCUCGACGGGUUUCUUUCAACCGCGUGGUGCGUGUGCGAACGUUCACUCGUGUUACUACCACGUCCGACGCGUGCGAUGAUUCUUAA